GCUAAUUUGGGAAAAUACCUUAUUACAGAGGACUAUUUUGGGAAUUACUCAAGAUUUUUUAUUAAAAAAUAUGUUUACUUGAUAUGCCGGAAUGGGACACCCAAAGUGGGAUAGAGGAUCCGGCCCCGGAAAGGAGGGGGUUAGUUGUGAAUGAGUUGGAACUCAUUCAAAAGAAGGCAUCAGUGUCUAUUGGCAAAAUAACCCGAUCCAAACAAUCGCUGAAUCUUCAGAGCUCUUUGUAAUAGUUGAAAACUAGAGGAAGAAGUUACGGCCAUGGAUGAGCUUGAAUUCCGGCGCCAAAUUGAGCUCUUCCCUGUCGUCAGAUCUCGCGAUUUUCACGCAAGCCAACCACUCGAUGAAAAGAAUGGAGAGGAUGGAACAGCUGCAUUUUGGGACAAAUUGAAGAUGGUUACAGAACAAAAGGUCGGCACUGAAAAAGCAGAAAAGUUUUGCCAGGCAUUUCAACAAAUUUACUGGAAACUUGUGUAUGAAGAACUGAGUUCAGAAGUUGCUCGUACUUGUCUGAACUCUUGAUUGAUUUUAGAUACGGAGUACUCUGUUUCUUCCUUCUCGGAGGUGAGAAAUUCCAGAACUGUCACUUUGCGUGCUCGUUUAUCCAUUUUCCAAAAAAACACUUGUGAUUUAAUUUCCAUAGAUUUGUAUUAUGCAUCAUAAGUAAGCGUUUACUGCUAUAUCAUUUUGAUGAGUUAUAACAUGUAGUUGGGAUGAUGAGCCCCCCCUUUUAACAACCAAUGUCUGUAUUGAUGGUUUUCGCUCUUUUGUUGUUUUCCCCUAUCACAUUAGAGCUGUGAUUUAAGGCUUCUUCAUAUGAGAAAAUGAGAACUUUGAGGUUGUAUUUUCACUCUUUUAGUUUAGUCAGUGGUUGUUAUAAGGGACAAUCAUUUUCAAGCAAAAUGAUUUUUCUUAGAAAAGGGCUUCACAAAUAAACUAAAUUUUCUAUUACAUUCUCCGGUGUUUGGUUUUGAUAAUGCCAAACCGCCGCGACAUAUCGAAGCUAAAGUGAGCAAAACUAAGGCGAAGGAACAUGGCAUGAUGACUUGAGAACCAAGAACCCAGAAUCAAGAACGAAGAACUAGAAUUGUAUUGAGUCGGUCUUAAUGUGAUCAAGACCGGCACAAAAUUCCAAAUCUUGGCUCUCUAGGCUCAAUUCAUAAAAAUCUCUUUUACAU